AUGCGCCUCUUGUAUUUUGACGCUCGUGGUGAGCUCAGCCUGACCAGAGAUCUGAUAGAAGAAGUACCCGCCUAUGCGAUACUCUCACACACAUGGGGAGCGGAUGAAGAUGAGGUAACUUUUAGCGAUUUGCAGAAUGGGAACUAUAAGAGCAAGGCUGGCUACGCGAAGAUUCAGUUUUGUAGGGAGCAAGCUCGAAGAGACGGCAUUGAAUACUUCUGGGUGGACUCAUGUUGCGUUGAUAAAUCAAACAGCACGGAGUUGAAUGAAGCCAUCACUUCGAUGUUUCGCUGGUACGGCUCUGCAGCAAGGUGCUACGUCUUCCUUUCCGACGUCUCGGCUCGCAAAUGCGACUGCGGCGGAGCCCUAAGGGUAUGGGAAUCCGCCUUUCGGAAAAGUCGAUGGUUCACCCGCGGCUGGACGCUUCAAGAACUCCUUGCACCAGGCUCGGUCGAAUUCUUUUCGAGGGAGGGAGAGCCCCUAGGCGACAAGAGGAGCCUGGAGCAGACGAUACAUGAUAUCACCACCGUUCCUAGAGAAGCACUUCGAGACACGCCUCCAUCUCACUUUCCUGUCCCUGAGCGGUUGCGAUGGGCGAAGAAUCGAAACACAACAAGGAUAGAGGACGAGGCUUAUUGUCUACUUGGACUCUUCAAUGUGUUCAUGUCUCCUAUAUACGGCGAGGGGGAGAAUGCGUUCGUUAGGCUGAAAGACGAGAUUCAUCGGUCGUAUCGGAGAGAAUUGGACGGGCUUGGACAAAAGUCCGUUGCCUCGACAUCACUUUGCCCGAAAGAGGAUGACAUCAAAUACAGUUCGACUCAGGCGGCACAGACCUCGCUGCAGGAUCGCCGAAAGUUGCUGCUGACUUCAUUGAGCUUUGAGCAAAUGGAUUCGCGACGGUCCACAAUCAAAAAUGCAUAUUCGACGACCUGUCAAUGGCUUUUGAGACAUUCUGCGUACCUAGAGUGGAUGGAUCCCAAACAACUCCCGCAACAUCGCGGGUUUCUAUGGCUCAAUGGAAAGCCAGGAGCCGGAAAGUCAACCUUGAUUAAGUUCGCGUACGCGCAUGCUGAGAGAGUAAGAUGUGAGAAUGAGGUUCUCAUUUCCUUCUUCUUCAAUGCCAGAGGGGAUGAGUUAGAAAAAUCAACGACCGGCAUGUAUCGGGCUCUACUUUAUCAGCUAAUGAAUAAAGCCCCGGACUUGCAGACCAUUUGGGACGAUGUACAUACCCCUUGUGAGGAUCAAAAUCAACCUCCUGUGUGGACAACCGAAUUGCUCUCUGAGCUCCUGUCCACCGCGAUCGCGAGACUGGGUCAGCGACGAUUGACGUGCUUCGUCGACGCGCUUGACGAGUGUGACGAGCAGCAGUUCAAGAAAUGGUUCUCUUUUUCGAGGAAAUAG